GACCCCACGCCGUGGGCGUGGGCGUGGGCGUGGCCGUGGGCGUGGCCGUGGGCGUGGCCGAGCCGCUCAAGGCGCCGCUGCCGCCGGUUUUUCGCUCUCUCCGCGGCCGCUUUCGCUUUCGCGGCGGGCGCGAUGGGGCCGGCGGCAGCGAUGGGGCCGGUGGCAGCGGGCGCGAUGGGGCCCGGGCGGCGGUUCCUGCGCUUGCUGCGCCCGGAGCGGCGGCGCUGCGUGGCGGCGGCGGUGCUGCUGGUGAUCUCGGCGCUCGCGGAGAUGGCCGCCCCCUACUACACGGGGCGCGUGACCGACUGGAUCUCGGGCGAGGACGACCCGGCGGCCUUCGCCCGCGCCAUCCGGGCCAUGGUGCUGCUGGCCCUGGGCAGCGCCGUCGCCGAGUUCGUCUGCGACCUGCUCUACAACGGCACCGCGAACCGCGUCCACUGGCGGCUGCAGGGCGACGUCUUCGCCGCCGUCCUGCGCCAGGAGCUCGGCUUCUUCCGCGCCGCCGGCGCCGGGGACAUCAGCUCGCGAGUGACGCGGGACACGGAGGCGCUGAGCGAGGCGCUGAGCGAGAAGCUGAGCCUGCUGCUGUGGUACCUGGCGCGGGGCGUCUGCCUCUACGGCGCCAUGGCCUGCGCCUGCCCCCAGCUGGCCCUCGUCGCCGCCCUGGCGCUGCCCGUCGUCGUGAUGCUGCCCAAGCUCUCCGGCGGCUUCCACCAGAGCCUGGCGCGACAGGUGCAGGAGUCGCUGGCCCGGGCCAACGAGGUGGCCCUGGAGACCUUCCAGGCUAUGGCCACCGUGCGUAGCUUCGCCAACGAGGACUGGGCGGCUGAAUGCUACCGGCGCCGUCUCCGCGACACCUACCAGCUGCACAAGCUCGAGGCCGCCGCCUACGCCGCCUCCCGCUGGAUCAGCAGUCUCUCGGGGCUGGCGCUGCGGGUGGCGAUCCUCUACUGCGGGGGCCAGCUGGUCACCGAGGGUCACAUCACCACCGGCGACCUCGUCACCUUUGUCCUCUACGAGAUGCAGUUCACCCAGGCCGUGGAGGUCCUGCUUUCCUACUACCCCAGCGUGAAGAAGGCCAUGGGCUCCUCGGAGAAGAUCUUUGAGUACCUGGAGCGGGAGCCGCAGAUGGCCCCGUCAGGGAUGCUGGCACCCAGCUCCCUGCAAGGCCACCUGCAGCUCCAGGAUGUCUGGUUCUCCUACCCCGGUUGCGAUGAGCCCGUGCUCAAGGGCGUCUCGCUGGAGCUGCAGCCCGGUGAGGUGCUGGCGCUCGUGGGCCCCUCGGGCAGCGGCAAGAGCACCCUGGCGUCGCUGCUGCAACGCUUCGGCGAGCCGACGAGCGGCCACCUGCUCCUGGACGGCCGCGACCUGCGCGACUACGAGCUCCGUUACCUGCGGGCCCAGGUGGCGGCGGUGAAGCAGGAGCCGACGCUCUUCGCCCGCUCGCUGCACGACAACAUCGCCUACGGGCUGGGAUGCCGGAGCCGCGCCGAGGUGGAGGCGGCUGCCCGCCGCGCCAACGCUCACGGCUUCAUCACCCGCCUGCGCCGCGGCUACGACACGGAUGCCGGCGAGAUGGGCGGCCAGCUCUCCGGCGGGCAGCGGCAGGCGGUGGCCAUCGCCCGCGCCCUGGUGCGGGACCCCCGGGUCCUCAUCCUCGAUGACCCCACCAGCGCCCUGGAUGUCGAGAGCCAGCUGAAGGUGCAGCGGGAGCUGGCAGCGGGCGGGCGCACGGUGCUGCUGGCGACGGCGCGGGCGGCGCUGGCGGCGGCCGCCGACCGCGUGGCCGUGCUCGAGCGGGGCUGCCUGGCCGAGCAGGGCCCCCCCGAGCGCCUGCUGCGCCGCCGCGGCCGCUACUGGAGCCUGCUGCAGGCGGGCGACGCCGGGGACCCUCCGGACCCUCCGGCCACGCAGGACCCUGCGCUCGCUGGCGCCCAAUAAAGAUGGCAUCAUGCACA